UUACGCACGUCACGUCUUUCUAUUUGUCACUAGUUAAGUUUUUUUCCUUGUUAAAACUCGGGCGCAAUGGCGAGUGCAGUGGCUAGAUUAACGGUUAAAAGUGGCACUAUAAUCGCCCACCGGUCAAAUGUGGGCGCAGCCAUUGGUCGAUCGGUCAGACUUGCCAGCAAUACCUCACAAUCGAGCAGAAUUCCGGGACACAAAACGCGACGCCUGCUAACUUUUGUGGGCGGUAGUGCCGUUUCUUUGGCUGCUCUAGCAGCUUUCAUUAAACUUCGAUCAGUGGAAAAUCCCGUGAAUGCCGUUAGCCUGAAAAGACGCAUGCGUGACGAUUCUGAGCUGGAGAAUGUAAAACUAACGGCCAGGGAGCGCCGAUUCAUAAAGUUUGCAUCGGUGGAGUUUGACGAUCAGCUCUAUAUGACCCCACAGGAUUUCCUAGACUCAGUUGUGGAGCAGGAACCAAGACCUCGUCUAAAGCGUCGACAGUUGUCCAGCGAUGAGGUGGACAAAUACAAGGAAAACACACCUGCCUUGAAGAAAGGUUCCACACGUCUGUUUCGCAAUCUUAGGGAUAAAGGAAUUGUAUCCUACACGGAAUAUUUGUUCUUGCUCUCCAUUCUGACAAAACCCAAAUCUGGCUUCCGCAUUGCAUUUAACAUGUUCGAUACCGAUGGAAAUCAGCGUGUGGACAAGGACGAGUUUCUAGUGAUAAUUUCCAUUUUGGCCGGCGCUUUAAAAGACACUCAAAAUGUCGAUCCACAAACCAAGCAAAUUCUAUCGCGUUUAGUUUCCUAUGAUGAGCAAAGUCAAAUGAUGAAACCCAUGGCAGUGCCUCAGACGAAGAGGGGUCUAAUGGAGCGCAUUUUCAGCGGAGCUUGGAAGGAGAAGCACGGCGAACAAGAGCCGGAAGAUGAGCUCGAACCCUCAGCUCCCACUCCCCUGGAGGGCUAUGUGAACGAUGGCGAGGGUCUGCAGCGACGUCAUAUGGUGCCCACUACCCUGCAGCUGCACUUCUUUGGAAAGCGGGGUACUGGAGUAAUCAACUACGAUAACUUUUAUCGCUUCAUGGACAACCUGCAGACGGAGGUGCUGGAGCUGGAGUUCCAUGAGUUCUCCAAGGGCAACAGCGUCAUAAGCGAGCUGGACUUUGCAAAGAUCCUGCUGAGGUACACGUACCUGGCCACGGAUGAGUAUGAUGUCUUUCUGGAGCGCCUGCUCGAGCGGGUGAAGGACGAAAAAGGCAUCUCGUUCCAUGAUUUUCGGGACUUUUGCCAUUUCCUAAACAACUUAGAUGACUUCACGAUCGCCAUGCGGAUGUACACUCUGGCAGAUAGGGCCAUAUCGAAAGAUGAAUUCUCGCGUGCUGUGAAAAUUUGCACCGGCUACAAACUCAGUCCCCACUUGAUAGACACCGUCUUUGCUAUUUUCGAUGCUGAUGGCGAUGGCCUAUUGUCCUACAAGGAAUUCAUUGCCAUCAUGAAGGAUCGCCUGCAUCGCGGCUUUAAAGUAAGUGGUCGUUUCUUUGAUUACAACGAAGCUCUGGACGCCUACGAUGAACCCGCAUAUCCCCUUUUCGUGGCCUGGCGACACCGGGUGUGCCGGCACCUGGACUACUUUAUCGACAGCGAUGCACUUUGGCACUGAUUUGAUUUAUUUUAAUUUAAAUUAAUUUAACUGAUACCUCGUUUUGUUUGCCGCUUUUGUCAUAAUCUCGCUGACCAGCAUUAAAUGUGUGUGUGUUCGUUUAGGUUUUUGUCUGUAAGCGUUUUAUGCUUUAAGCUUUAUGUUCUAAUUCGAUUAUUUAUAAUUUACUUUUAAGAUAUUAACUCAGCUCAAUGGCAUUUAAUUUACAUAUUAUUAAUUUUAUUUUUAUUUUGAAUUGGCCAUAUAACCAUUAAACACUGAAAUAUA